AUGUCUUUACUUCUUGAGGUGCUGUUUCUAAUUGGUCCAGGGACUAAUAAGGAAAUCAUAGAUAUAAGAAAGCUUGUGUUUGGACUUAUCAACGAGGAUAUCAUUGCUUAUUUGAAAAAGAGUUUCCCACACCAGUUUGUGAAGUCCUGUUCUUCACCAAGUGAAUCAAUAGUACCAGCAACGCUUUCUGUGCUUGAGAGGAUCAUGAGAGACCAAAAUAUUGAGAAAGUGUAUUGUGUUUGGUGUCCUAAUUUACCAAAUCCUGGUGAGGAGUUAAGGAUAUCAUUGUGUGAUCUUCUGAGUUACAAACCAAGCUAUGCGAGUGUUAUCAACAAGUCUGCUUGUGUCUUCCGGUCCUUCCAAGGAGACGAGGAAUAA